GAUGCAAAGAUUUUAAUAAUUUAUUCCUGUAUAUAGAAAAUGGUGGUCGGGGGUGUGUGGAACGCUUGUUUUACGUCGUAUCUUCCUUGAUAUUUCGGUGUAAUUCUUUCCAAUUCAUUUCCUUUAUCUCAAAAUUUUAAGAGUCAACAUGGACACCUGGAGCUACGCUUUCUCCACCCCUAACUGGACCCUAAAAAUUCGCCAAUUCUUUGGCCAUUUUUCUGACCUAUUUAGUGAAUUUGGAACCUAUGUCACCCCUAGUUAUAGGCAUGACAGAUGUGAAAGAUCGGUUCAGAUGCGGCUUUACGCCAUGAACAAACGUCAGUUUGUCUUGGUUUUUCUCUCCUUCUUUGUCUUCUUUGGAAUCACAGUCCUCGUUGGAUUAGUUGGUCCACCGAUCAUCGCAAGUGUCCAGCACAAUGCUACCGCUCUUGCAGAACCGCCAAAAGAUCUAAAAGCUGGUCCUUUUAGGUUGAUGUCGCCGAGGAUCAACACAUAUAAUCAACAGAUAUGGAUCACUGCAGUUGUAGUCUCAGAUAAUAAAGGGGCUGGGAAGUUAUAUCAGCCAUUUGUUGUCGGGAUCCAGAGCCGUGGUAUGGUGGACGAGAAUACUAGCAGUCAGGCCCAGCCAGUCACUCAUAAUAAGACGAGGACGCUAGAGUGUCUCAAGGACUGUAAAGAGUUGAUUCUGCUGCACCUUGGUUUCAUAGACUACACACAUUACCAGAUCACCAUCAACUUCUAUGGUUUGGAGAAGAUGAAAUGGGCCAUCAAAGAUGUCAAAUUCUUUUUCAAAAUGUACAAUGCUGCCUUCACAGAGUUAGAGAUUUGGUUCCGAUUUGUAUUCCUGGUGCUAACAUUCCUAGCCACAUGCCUUUUUGCUCACUCAUUGAGGAAGUUUUCAUUGCGAGACUGGUCUAUAGAACAGAAGUGGAUGUCUGCAUUGCUGCCCUUACUUCUGCUUUAUAAUGACCCAAUAUUUCCUCUCACAUUCCUUGUGAGUAGUUGGGUCCCUGGCAUGUUUGACGCGAUCUUCCAGGCAACAUUCCUCUGUUCCUUGCUGCUCUUCUGGUUGUGUAUAUAUCAUGGGGUUAGGCAGAAUGAGCGCCAUUUUGUCAAAUUCUACCUUCCUAAACUUGUGAUUGUUGGACUAAUCUGGAUCUCCGCCGUGACAUUGUCAUCGUGGCAGGUGUAUAACGAACUACAGGAUCCAACGUAUAACUAUAAGCUGGACACAGGCAACUUCCUUGGCUUCAAGAUCUUUUUCUUUGUGAUUGGUGGAAUAUAUCUGCUUUAUCUGAUCUACCUGCUCAUUCGGGCAUACGGUGAACUCAGAUCUAUGCCAUACUUUGAUUUACGAUUGAAGUUCACCACGGCAUUGAUGCUGAUUGUGAUCUCCAUUUCAAUAACGAUAACAGUGCUAAGAUUCGGCCGGGGAAUACUCGAAGAUAACUUCGUCUCAGACCUGUCCACGCAUUAUCAGAAUUCAGCUGAAUUCCUGUCGUUUUACGGAUUACUCAAUUUUUACUUAUAUGCGAUGGCAUUUGUCUAUUCACCGUCGAGAAAUGCUUUGUAUGAAUCUCACUUCAAGGACAACCCAGCCUUGUCAAUGCUGAACGACUCAGAUGACGAGGUUGUCUAUGGGGCGCACGAUGAAUGGUUACAUUCAUUUGACAAGGGCAAACCCACAGAAACUGAAAGCCUCUUAAGUCAAAGAGGACCAUGAAGAAACAUCGCUGACUCGACUUCCAGGCAACAAAUAUGAUAGUGACGAUGAACGAUAGGACAAGCUUGAGGAGAUGGCAACUUCGAUUAAUAGGUGGUGCUGAAGAUGGCGCCACUCACUAUAAUAUCGGCUGUUGAGGCCAGGGGUCUCUGAAGUUGAAAGGAGAAAGGUUGUGCCAGUUCUUCAGGAGGGCAGACUUGGCCUCAGGGCCUGGUUCAGAUGUGUUGUUGGAGUGUCAACUAUCUGCCCUUGGCAGAUUAGGUCUGGUUUUUCCCAUCAACAUAGGAUACAGUUUAUCAGUUCACUCCUUAGUCUAAAUUUUCUCCUUAUUUACUUUAUGCUUAUGUUAUCCCAGACUGCAUUAAAUGGAUAGGUUUGCUGUCAUUAAAAGUUGGCGAAAAAUGCUGGAUCAGUAUUUGAAAGAUAUGAUUAUGAGGCUGUGAGAUUCUAGUCACACAAGGCGGGUUUCGUAUUUGUGGUGGGGUGGUGCUACAAUGAGGAUGGGGGAUAAGGGAGGGGAGGAAAAUAUUUACCGCCUACUCAUUUGAAGGGUAGAAGAAGACUAGCAGUUAUGUGUAUUGAAUUGAAAAAUUUAGCCCAAUAUGAGUUGUUUAGUGUUGUACAUAAUUUGUUAAGUUUUGUAAGUCCUGGUAUAUUUCUGCUCCAUGUAUAGGAUUGUACGUUCUCAUUGCAAUAUCAAACUAGACUACAGCUGAUCCUAACAUGUGAUUCUCUAGUAUAAAUUCGAAGUCCCUACUACAUGUAGGAACUCCCUUCUACAUGUAUAUUCAGUUGCCUGUCCCUCAAAUUAAACUGACAGUCGACAAUAGAAAUGAUAAGUAUGAUGUACAAUUGAUGACAUUAGAAUAGAUCUAGUCCUCAUAUUGUGUUUUAUUCUCCGUUUGAUCACAAAGUGCCAAUGGUCCUGUUUAAUUUUGCUGAAAAUCUGUGCUUCAUGAAUGAAGGUUGUGAAUCCAUUAUCAAUCUGUAAACUGCAUUUAUUAGACAUGCUAUUUUUCAUAAAAUGGCAAUGAUGUUCUGUACAUUGUAUGAUUUACUUACGUAGUUGCUUCUGUGUAGGAUAAGGGCUGUUGGCAGUUUCAUCGAUCAUGUUUGUGUAUAUAGGAGUUGCAAAAAGGAUGCGGGCCAUGAGAAUUUCUUAAGCUUUAUGUACAUUGAACAGUAAAUUGAAAUAUGACGUUAUAAUGGUAUACAGAACCCUGAAAGGAAAGAUGUCUUCGACUUUACAGAGUCGGUUGUAUCAUUCUCAAGGAGUUGUUGCCAUAGGCAGCUCUAGAUUCUGUAAAUAUUAAGCCUGGUGAAAGCAGUACAAUUAUGUAUUUAUGUGUAUAGUAACAGUGUUAUGGUGAUUUUGUAUAUAAACCUUCGUAUCAAAUUAUCCCAGAUGUGGUGCAACUGAAAGCUGUUUAAGGGGUUGCUGCGGAACCACUGUGGUAAGAAUUUAUAGGAGUCAUGGACCCCCUGAAACUCAUUUAUAAUGUGAAACAAAAUAGCUGUAAAAACUAGUGAUAAUUUAUUCCAUGAUUCGUUUCCAGCUGUUGGUUGUAACUUGACAUGAUUUGAAAAAAAAUGUCAAAUAAAAUCACUA